AUGUAAAUUCAGCAAUACUUCUAGCUCUCCAUUUCUUUCUAAUACAUUUCCAAAGAUAGAGAUAAUAUGAUUGUAGUGCGACGUAAAUUAUAAUGUCUUGCACUAAUCUAGGACAAUGUCAAUAGCUUUUAUCCCUUUUUUAACAUUCACUUUUUUUAAGACGUAUGUCGUGAAUCUACCGAUUCACAUGGCAAAGUAGGAAAAUUUCAACCAAUCACAGGGGCGAAACGUGUUCAGUCAAAAAUGACGUUUGCAGGUUCAAAUUUGUUUGAGAAAAAAAAAACAUUUAAUUUUAAAAACUUGCUGCAAGCUGUAGAUAGUCACCAGCCUCCUAAAAAAUGUCUUUAAAACUUUAUAUUCUCUCAUUAUUAUUAACCUUACAUUAUACAAAAUCCCAGUCAGUCGUCAAUGACGUUAAACUUGAUAAUAAAGAGGUUCGUUGUUUGGUAUGUGAGGCAAGUAUUAAAGAACUAACAGAAGUAGUCAGUAAAACUGAUAAUUCCCGCACAGUGAAAAUUGGGGGGCAUAGACUGGACCCCCAAGGAAAUUAUGAUGCCCCCAAGACAGUGCCAUUGGGUAAAUCAGAAAUACACAUAUCAGAAUUAAUGGAAAAAGUGUGUGAGAAAAUGGAUGAUUAUGUAAGGGGGCUGCAUAAAUCCAAUGGAACCUUGACACUCUUUAAAAUGAUUGGCCCCAAUGGUCAGAUGAACCCUCUUAUAAAUGAUAUUGAGUUUGUGCAAGAUGAUGAUUUGAAUAAGAGCCUUAAGUAUUAUUGCGAGUCCAUAGUAGAAGAAUUUGAAGAAAACAUAAUUAAAUACUACCAAAAAGGAGAGGACAAUAUAGAAACUAAAUUUUGCAUAGAAGACUCCCAUAUAUGCCCACCAAAAGCAAGCCAGCUGCCUGAAAAAGAACUGUGAUUUUCUAGACUAUGUAUUUUCCCAUCAUUAGUAUUUAUUUGUUGCAAAUAUUUUUUUUUUAAUAAACUUAUACCAAAUUGUU